CUCUCUCUUGUUUGAGACGGUCUCUCCGGUUCGGAGGCAUCGGUGGAAAGAAGGCUCCUCCCGCCUUGUUGAACCCACUCCUCUCUCUGGUUCUUAUCAAGCGGCAGUCCCGUCUUGGGCAGGCGAGAGCUCCUCGCCGUCGUCGCCAUCUCGGAGGCUCUGCAGCGAUUCAUGUUUGUAUGUGGGAACACGAGCGCCUUCUUGGGGAUUUCCUUUCCACUGAUGUGGAGAGGGGCUUGCGAUGAUCCUGCCAAGAAGACUCAGGAGUUGGAUGCCGCUUUGUCUGUGGUGAGAUGGCGAAGGAUACUUUGGACAAGGGAGCGCAGUAUGAUGCUUCGGUUGCAGUCGAAUUCCAAGAAGUCCUUCUGCGACUUGCUUGUAGGGUUUCUUAAGUCUGUUGAGAAAACAACAGACCGCAGAAUAAGAUCAAGACUUGGGUUCAAUAAAAUGCUCUAAAAGAAAAGAAUACUAUCUGUCCUGUUCUUCCUCCUCGAGUAAAGAUCUACGGUUCGGCAUGCGUCAGAAGGUUUCCGGUUCGCUCGACCCAUUUUUCCGCCCGAGAUCGACCAUAAGCCUGCACAGAAAUCGUAGCUCUCGCCGCCACCAUAAGCCUGAACAAGAGAUCCCUCCUCUUGUUCGCCGGCCUCUCUUUCGUCCAAAACCCUAACCCACCUCAGAUCUUUCCUUCCAGAAUGGCUUGCGGCCGGAGAACCCUCACCUCCAACUUCACCCAUCUCACACGCCGCUUCCACCCGUCCUUCGCCCACAUCCUCCGCGACGACCGCGAAUACACAGAGCCCUCAAACCCCCUGCCUUUGCCCCCAACUCCAUCCCGUCGCCACGCUUCCUCCUCUGCCCCAUCUGUCUCCGGAUUUGGCAGGUGGAGAAGUCUUGGCUUCUCUCUCCCGCUCGGCCUCGAACCCGGCCUCCUUCGGACCUACUCCUCGGGCGCAGAGGGAUCGAAUGAGAUCAACUACAUCAAGGAUGUCGCGGAGGUUUUGUCGGACAGCAGUUUGGAAACUGCUACCGUGGCCGCUGCGGCGGUUCCGACUCCUUUUCCUGGAGAGGUAGCAGCUGCGGCGGCUGAUUCGUUCCUCCCCGUGGCAGCUCUGCAGCACUUGAUUGAUGCAGUCCAUUCUUUUUGCGGUCUGAACUGGUGGGCUUCUAUUGUUCUGACAACCCUCUUGAUUAGAGGGGUUACCGUCCCACUUUUGUUGAAUCAAAUGAAGGCCACGGUGAAGCUCAACGUGAUGAGACCGGAGUUGGAACAGCUAAAGGAACAAAUUAAUUCAAUGGAUUCUGAAUCAGUGCAGGAGGGUCAGAAACGAAUGAAAGCUUUGUUCCAAAAGCAUGGGAUUACACCAUUUACUCCAUUGAAGGGACUUCUUAUCCAAGGGCCAAUUUUUAUCAGUUUCUUUUUAGCUAUCUCAAACAUGGUUGAGAAAGUUCCUUCUUUUAAAGGAGGUGGGGCAUUUUGGUUUACUGAUUUGACAACGCCCGAUCCUCAGUACAUGCUUCCAGCGCUAACGGGAUUGACCUUCUUAGCAACUGCGGAGCUUAACAUGCAAGAAGGAAUGGAAGGAAAUCCUAUGGCGAAUACCAUGAAGAACUUCUCCAGAGUUCUUGCAUUUAUGACCGUCCCGUUUACUGCUAACUUCCCAAAGGCCAUCUUCUGUUACUGGAUUACGUCAAACCUUUUCUCACUUGGGUAUGGUUUUGUGCUUAAACUUACACGGGUGAGGAAGUUCCUGAAUCUCCCUGAUUCAGUUCCUGAACCCACCAAAUCUGCAGCUCAACCAAACUUUACCUUGCUUGGUGCAUCCAAGCCAAUCUUACCGGCAGCCUCUCCAGUACCACCAGCAAAGGACUCCGAUCAAACUAACACACCUGCCAGAAGGCUAUCUUCAUCUUCUGUUAUCAGCCAACGGAUAAGAAACCUAGAAAAGACGGUAAAGGCUAGAAAUAAACAUAAGAAAAAGUAAAACCUGCAAAGCUCAUGGAAAUUUUUGGCUACAUAAUGGAGGGUAUUUCAGCAUGCAAACCGUUCAUACCGGUGUUAUAAUAAUUAACAACUAAAUAGAAAACAAAAUUCUUGAAUGUAUUUUUGAUAUUGAAUUUUGCUUUAACCGCAAGAACUACUUGUAUGCGUGUAUUAUCCUCAACCUCUUUAGUGGAGGAUAGCCGUGUGGGAGAUGUAGGCAUUUUUUUUGUUCUGAAAGAAGAAAUUUUGCUUGGGCGAACAUGCAGCAGGAAUUGAGCAGAUUGGGUGAUCAGUCGAUUUGGUACUUCGUUCUUUUGGCGUUUGAGAGUUUGUACCUCUGUACAUUUAUAAAAUUUCUUUUUGGCUUUUUUGACAACCUUUCAUGAUUUUACUAAAAUUUGUAAGGAACACAUAUUAUUGUAUUAUUCAGCACAAUAAGUCACUUUUGACGGUGAUUCUUGAGCA